AUGAAAUAUUUUAAUAUAUGUAUUGUUUUAACCUCAAUUUUAUUAAUAUAUAUAUCAAUAUUAAAGCCAUAUUCAAUCUUUAGUAAUUCGUAUCAAAUAGAUCUCGAAUUUCAAGAUGCAGAAAUUAAACCAUUUGAUCAUGCUUUAUAUAAUGACGAAUCGUAUCACUUGGAAAAAGGAAAGUUUGUUUCAUUAGGUGAAAUCGAAGGUCCAGAAACUAUGGAGUUUUCAAAAUCUGGGGAUAGAUUAUACUUUGCUCUAAAGAAUGGCGAAAUCCGUUAUUUAGAAACACCAUUAAAUAUUAUAACAAAGGAACAGUUGCUAAGCAAACAAGAGAAGUUCAUGUCCAAGACCAAAUACUUAUGCACAGCUGGUAGACCAUUGGGUGUUACAGUAGAUAAUGAAGAUAAUGUUAUUAUUGCCGAUGCUUUGAAAGGUUUAUUAAAAUAUGAUAUCAAAACUAAAGAUUUACUCAUUUUAACCUCAUCUGCCAACGGAAAAAAACUAACUUUUGUAAAUGAUGUUGUUGUUGCUAAAAACGAUAUGAUUUAUUUCAGUAACUCAAACCCAAUUGCUCCAUUCUUAGAUAAAAAUGGUGACUAUAAUACACAUGUUCCUUCUUUCUAUGCAAUUAUGGGAAUGAUAAGAGGUGGUCAACUUUUAUCCUAUAAUCCAAAAACUAAAGAAACCAAAGUUUUAAUGGAUGGAAUUGCAUAUGCCAAUGGUGUCACUCUUGAUCCAAAACAAGAAAGUGUUUUUGUUGCUGAAUGUGCAGGCUCUAAACUUUAUAGAUACUGGAUUAGUGGUGAAAAAGCCGGCAAAAGUGAAGUUUUUAUUGACAACUUACCAGGUUUCCCAGAUGGUAUAAAUCAAUCAAACGGUAGAUUGUACAUCUCUAUUUUUAGUAAUAGAACACCAUUUGGAGAUUUGGUAACACCAUUCAAGUUUAUAAAGAAAUUAUUAAUUAGACUCCCAUUUUUCUCACUUCCAAUUGCUAAACCAUCAAUGGUUGUAGUUGAUCCAAACAAUGGCAAAGUAGUUGACUACUAUCAAGCAGCCCCAAAUUCUGUUCAGCAAUCAGUAACUAGCUCCAUUGAAAAAGACGGUCAAAUUUAUUUAGGCAAUCUCCUCAGUAACUAUUUUGUUAUUAUUGAAGACAAAAAGAAAUAA